UUCUCCGAUCGCUUGGCUUAACGCCCGCUUCCAGAAAACUCGUUUCCUCGAUCCCCGGUGGUGGUCUCGUGACGAUGGCUUCUAGGGUUUUAUCUCGUGUCGCUAGGAGCGGAAUCGCCCACCGGUUGAUGUCAGUGUCCUGUCGGUGGCAGCCGGUCGGCGAUGGCUUCCGUUCCCUGAGGGAGUCGCCUGCGGAUCCCGCCACGAUCUCGUCGGUGAAGUGGUCUCCUUGCCAAAUGGAUCUGUUGCCACGGCAUUCAGCUUUUUUGACUGCGAGGUCUCAUCGUUUUAGCUUCUCAUCUUCUGUGUCCCCUAAUCAUACUGAUAAGGAGGCAAAUCAAUCUGGGAACAAUGAUGAUGUUCCAGGAAGUUCAUCGGAAGUUAGAAAUAGUAAUGAGGCUGAGAAAACUGGCAGUGGUUCUACUAUAACAGGACAGUCACAUGAAGCAGAUUUUAGUUUAGAUUCCAAGUCUCAAUCUAGUAAAAGAAUGAAGAGUCCAAGAAGAACUGAAUUUUCUGAUUCGGAUGCAGAGGCUGAUUUAUCAAUUGAUGAUCUAGUCAAGCUUGUUGCAGAGAAGGAAGAGUUGCUGAAAUUGAAGCACAAGGAGAUUGAAAAAAUGCAAGAUAAAGUUCUUCGCAGUUGUGCUGAAGUUGAAAAUGUUAUUGACAGGACAAAACGUGAGGCAGAAAACUCAAAAAAAUUUGCAAUACAGAGUUUUGCCAAGAGCCUACUAGAUGUUGCUGACAAUCUUGGAAGGGCUUCAUCUGUUGUCAAAGAAAGCUUUUCAAAGAUAGAUGAAUCCAAAGACUCUGUUGGAGCUGUGCCACUUAUAAAAACCUUGCUUGAGGGUGUUGAAAUGACUGAUAAACAACUUGUAGAGGUGUUCAGGAAAUUUGGAGUCGAGAAGUUUGAUCCUUUGGAUGAGCAGUUUGAUCCACACAGGCAUCUUGCAGCUUUCCAAAUACCGGACUCUUCCAAACCACCAGGCACUGUGGCUGUUGUUCUCAAGUCGGGAUACUUGUUAUAUGAUCGAGUCAUUCGUCCAGCUGAAGUGGGUGUAACCGAAGCUUUGGACGAUGGUACAGAUCAAAGCACCAGCAAAUGAGUUGUGGCUGCUCCAUGCAAAAUUUUACCUGGUAUGCCUGAAUCUGUACGAGCUACACUCUACAUAGUAUAAAGCUGAUUUCAAUUAGACUAAUACAGUUCAGUUUUGCGUAGAAGAACUUGUUCUGUCAUUCCGAUGAUGCAUUUGUAACUCUUGUUCUUCAUCUGAGAGCUACCGAAAUUGAAAUAGAUAUCCUUUGGUGGUAA